UUCUCCCCUCUUUUAUCCGAGGUUUUUCUCCCAACAUUCCCACAGCGUCUCAGAUCCGUGGAGCGUCACAUGCCACCAUGAGUGUCCUGCGGUGCAGUUUCCUCGUCCUCAUCGUCCUCUGCCUCCCCCUCCUCACUGAAGCCAAGCGGCAGCCGGGUGAAGGGAAACCGGACAAACCUCGCCAGCCUCCGUCCACGGCCCCGCCGGCCAAGAGACCCAGGAACAAAUCAGUACCCCGAUCCGGAGAGCUGACCACCAAGGAGGGCCACAGCUGCACCUGGCAGACAUCGGGAGAAGGACUGGUGAGCCUGCUGGUGAACUGCAGCACAGAGACACUGGGAGAACCGCUGAGGUACUGGUGUCGUUACGCGGGUAAACCGGACCUCUGCCAGGCGUACGGGGUGAAGUCCAGCCAGUACUGGAAGCAGCUGGUGGGGAAGCUGAAGAAGAGGCAGAACGCCUGCGAUGGAGAGAAGGUCCUGAAGGCCAAAACCUGCAAGAAAGCUCCGUCUGAAGCCCACAUGAAGAUCGCCGAGCGAAGUGGAGAGGAGGAGAGGAAAGGAGGCAAGGAAGGAGGCAAGAAGAGGGAAGGAACGGCGGCCACGAAGACCUCAGAGGGAGGGAAGAGGAGGAAGAAGGACGAGGAGGAGGAAGAGGAGAAGAAGAAGAAGAAGACGACGACGACGGAGGACUGGACUGGGUUUGAUGAAGAGGAGGGAGUGAUGAACGACAUGGCGCCCGUUCAGAGUUACUGCAGCGAGGGAUGGACCUCCGUCUGCUCCUUCUUCGUCAGGUUCUUCGAUGGUUGAGGGGAAAAUAAUGAAGGAAAUGUAACAGAAGCUCUUUGAGGUGCGAGUUCACAAUCUGAGAGCAGCCGUUUGACCGUACGGGAAACUCCAGGCAGCUCAUCUGUACAAAUAUGUUUUUUUCCAGCUGCUUAGGUUAAAAAUGUAGAAUUUGAGGUUCAUUUAGACGUAAAAUUGCACUUUGUUAACAUGAGUAGAUAAUGUUAGUGCAACAAAUGAACUUGUAUUUGUUGUUAUAGUCGAACGACAAUUGAAAACAUGGCAAUCUGAAUCAAACGUCAAAGAUCACACAGGUUUCCCUUUGCUGCUGUGAAACCACAUGAAAACAAUCUGAUUACAUUUGAGUUCAGUUUGUGUUAUUUUAGCAUAUUUAGUUAUCUCGUACGGAGUUUGUUGUGGUUUUGGUCUCUAGAAAUGCUGUAGACCUUGUAAUGUUAGAACUAGAAAUUAAAAAGUGUUUUGUGAAGAACCAAUCAGCGAUCACUGACCAUGGAGCUGAUCAUUUUGAUUACUAGAUAAAUAGUUUAUUUUUGUCAUUAAUAUUUUCUAUACGCGUUUUGUAACUCUUCUCUUAAAACAAUCUGGUUUCUGUUGACGGAAGUGAAACCUUUUUUUAUACUUUUCAAGUGAUUUUAACACUGUUUCUGGAAUUCAAUAAAAACAAAUGCUGAAAAUGUCAC